AUGAACUUGAUAGUUUCUUUUCUGCUUUUAACUACUUUUGUUUUCGCCAAAAAAUUUACAUUACCUAUACUAGAAAAAACUCAAAAUUUAGCGAAUAGCAGAGUGCCAGUGUAUGAUUACCUGGAGGCUGAGUAUUUGGGUAGGUACAAUUUUCCUUUAAUACUGUAAUUUUAAAACUACUAGAAUAUCAAAAUACAGUGACACAUGUGUAUAACAAUUUGCUAGAAGAAUUAAAAUUUGUUUGUUAUGAAGAGGUUUCGUUAUAAAAAAGUUUCUUAUACAGAGGUUCCACUGUAAAUUAAAAAAAGUUUUAUUGUUUUAUUUUAGUAACAUUAAGCAUUGGGACACCUCCACAAAAGUUUAGAGUUCUGGUUGACAACAGUAGCCCGAUCACUUGGGUACCAGGUUCAGAUUGUGUAUACGACGGUAAAGAAGACGUUACCAAGAAAAAGUUUAGUUCAAAAAAGUAAGCCAUAGUUUACUUAUUCACUUUUCAAUAUAAAAAACGUAAAAAUAAAAAAAAAUUUUAAUUUAAAUUUUUUUAGUUCAUCAACCUACCAACCUGAAUAUGACUUCUUUGGACAUAACACUACAUUAGGCAAAGUUGCCGGCAAAUUGGCUACUGAUACUGUUACUCUUGGUGAAGGAGAAAACUCUUUAACACUGGAAGAUAUUGAAUUUGGCAUAGCUAGCGUACUUGGCAUUAAAUACAACAACUACGCUUUAGAUGGUGUGCUAGGUCUUGGUAGGCAACGUAAGUUAUGAAAUUUGUUUUGUAUUAAGCUGGCCCUAAUACUAGCACUAGCUUAAAGAUCUAGUCCAGAGCCCUAGCCCAGAGCCCCAGCCCAGAGCUCUAGCCCAGAACCCUAGCCCAAAGCCUUAUACCAGAGCCCUAGCCUAGAACCAUAGCCCAUUGUCCUAACCCAAAGCCUUAAUCCUAGUUCACAGCCGUAGCCCAGAGUUUUAGGAACAUUUUUAGCCCAGAGCAUAGAACCCUAGCCUAGAGUCCUAACCUCAUCUUAAGUUCUACUUUAUCUACAACCUCGAAUUAAAUGUAACUAUGUAAUGUUACCUUAAUUUUUAGCCAAUUCCUUUAUACAAAGAGCCAUAAAUGCUAGUCUACUCGACGAGCCGUUAGUGUCAAUUCAUUUCAAAGACGAAGGAUUUGACAAAACCGGCAAACUGGGUGGCGCUUUGACGCUUGGCGGUGUUGAUAAUGCCAAUUGUGGUAUUGUGUCAAAUUGGGUUGAUAUGGAACAUGAGUUUGAAUGGAUUUUCAAUGUCAGUUCUAUCAAUUUGGAUGGGUUUCAUUUGAAGGGAGGAUUGGCACAGUCCAAUACUGGCAUUGGAUUUGUGUUUGGACCGUUUGAGUGGAUUUAUAGUUGGGCUAGAGGUCUUGGAGCGGACUAUGCUACUAAUAGAGAUAUUUGGGUAGGUGCUUACAUGUUACAGGGUAAGCCAAUAGUUCUGUUACACAGUUUUUUAAUCAAAUAUUUAUUUUAACAACAAAUAUAACUAAAACAACAACUAACAAUGGUAACAUAUAGUAUUAGUUAUAACAUAGUCAGUCGGUUUUGAAGUGUCCCCCCCCCCCCUUUGCGGCUCGGCACAACGCUUCAAAAAAGUUUGAGAAACGACCUAAUGUUUUAUAACAGGAUUUUUGGCGCGCCCUCUCGCACCUAGUUGAACCAAAAGUAGUCGGACACUUUGGGUUUAAAUUUGAACUAAAACGUGUCUCACUAUUUUUGGUUCAACCUCAGCUCAAGUCGACUAAUAUUUUGCCCGUCCGCUGCUGAUGUUGCUCUUUUUCAAUGUUGUACGCUAAAAUUCUAGAUCUCUGGCUGCGAAAUCGACUUUCUGAUGCAAUUUACAAUUGGUAAGCAGAACUACACAGUAUCGCCAAAGAACCUGAUUCAGUACAUGGGACCUCAUCAAUGGUGUCAGCUUCAAGUCAAGUCAACGGACUUUUUAGCGCCGUAUCAAUGGAUACUUGGUGCACCGUUUGUGCAAGGCUACUGUCAUGUCUAUGACUUUGAGAAUGGCAGGCUUGGCUUUGCUCCUUUGAUAAAAAUAUAG